AUGAAACCUUGGGAGAAAUAUUUAAGGGUAUUCCUUGAGAAGGAAAUGGAAGUGGAUCUAUGCAGCAGCUAUGGGAACAGACCACCAGCUAAUUGUGGUAACCCUUCAAGUGGAGGGCACCACCGUAUUACUCCAUCUCCUCCUAGAGGAGGCGGUAGUGGAUACUAUUACUCCCCUCCGACCUCUACUCCAAGAAUAACUGGAACUCCUUUAACACCAACAGUGGUAAUACCACCAACAGUUCCAAGCACUCCCGGUAUCUCAGUACCAUCACCACCAUUUCCAUUUGAUCCAAACUCACCGCCUUUUACAGUCAUGGAAGACACAGCUGCUUUGCUCAAUUCCAUGCUACACGGGAGGUUCGCUUGUACAAUCAAAGAAGUCAGAGAUAGUUUCAUUGCAGUACUCAGCUCAAACAAUGAUGCAGCAGCUCAAGCACAGCUCUUCAAGCUAGCUAAUGAGGGUAGAUUGGUAGAAUAA